UUAGAGACCAGCUCAGAUAGGGGGCUCUUUUGAUAACUAAGAAAAGAAAGGAGUGAGUGAAAUGACAGUGGGAGUGGAGACAAUGAGAUGAACAGGAGUCAUGUUACAGAGGUAGAAAUAAUAGAACUUGGAAAAUGACUAUAUCCGCUAUAUUAGUUAGGAUAUAGCUUCCGCUGCUCUAACAGAUCUGAAAUAAUAAUGACCUAAACAAAUGUAAGUUUAUUUCUCUCUGAAAUAACAUCUUUGGAGAAAACAGUGCAAGGCUAACACGGUGGCCUUGGAGAUCAUCUACCACAGACCACCUCUUUAAUACUAUGUAAACCUGGAUAAGUUACUAUCUAUAAAGAUGAAAAAGUAACAAAAAUAUAUCAGUCAGGUGUGCUGUAAAGAUUCAGUGAGAUAACACCUUUGGUUUUAAGCCACCAAGUUUAUUGCGUCAAUAAUAGCAAUCGCAUGCACCUGGGAUCCUUAUCGCAAUCCUUUGCCCAGUAGGGUGUAACCACUGGGAUGGCAGAAGUGAUCCAACCAGAGGAGGGCCCAGGGUCCUAGAAGAGAACCAGAACAUUGCCAAGGCACUGCCAGGAUUUAAGGUACUCUGGAGGACUAUCCCCCAACACUUCAGAGGUCCGUAAGAUUAUAUACCCCUUCUCAACCAUCUCUCUCCUUGAGAUGUGUUUUCUUUUUUGCAGGGUUACCUUAAUGUCUGCAAGCAACAGCCACUGCAACUUUCAAAGAGUUCAGAAAUUUAAAUUUCUUUUUUGUCGUGUUUCAUAGAAUACUACAAAAGGAUGAUGUCACUCUUCUCUGAGUUCAAAGCUCAAGUGAAGAACACACUGACUUCAAAGGCAGAGGGAAUCGAAGGUGCUCCCCAGUUUUGGACUCUUCCCCUGCUUAAGAUGUGUACAAAGAUGGUCCAAGUCCUUUGGGGAUGUUUCCUCCUGUGGAAUCUCUACAUCUCAUCCACUCAGACCACAUAUCCUGGAAUCAAGGCAAGGGCUACUCAGCGGGCUCUGGACUAUGGUGUUCAAGCUGGGGUGCUAAUGAUUGAGCAAAUGAUCAAAGAAAGAAACAUCCCAGAUUUAAAAGGUUCUGAAUCUCUUGAAUUUCUGAAGGUUGAUUACGUGAACUACAAUUUCUCAAACAUAAAAAUCAAUGCCUUUUCAUUUCCAAACACUUCAUUAGCCUUUGUGCCCGGGGUAGGAAUCAAGGCACUGACCAACCACGGCACUGCCAACAUCAGCACAAACUGGGACGUCAAGUCUCCACUUUUCCAAGACACAGGAGGAGCUGAUCUGUUUCUCUCUGGGAUCUACUUCACCGGUAUCCUUAUCCUGGCCCAAAAUGACUUUGGUCAACCAACCCUGAAGCUCCAAGACUGCUACGCCCAAGUGAGCCAUGCCCACGUCUCAUUUACUGGAGAACUCAGUGUCCUAUAUAACUCCUUUGCUGAGCCCAUGGAGAAGCCCAUUUUAAAGAACUUAAAUGAAAUGCUCUGUCCCAUUAUCACAGGAGAGGUGGAAGCACUGAAUGCCAAUCUCAGCAUGCUGGAGGUUUUAACCAAGAUUGACAACUAUACCCUGCUGGAUUAUUCCCUAAUGAGUUCUCCAGAAAUUACUGAGAACUACAUUGACCUGAAUUUGAAGGGCGUAUUCUACCCACUGGAAAACCUCACCGAUCCCCCAUUCUCCCCAUUGCCUUUUGUGCUCCCAGAACGCAGUGACUCUAUGUUCUACAUUGGAAUCUCCGAAUACUUCUUUAAAUCUGCAUCCUUUGCUCAUUUUACAGCCGGGGCUUUCAACAUCACUCUCUCCACAAAAGAGAUCUCCAGCCAUUUGGUUCGACACUCUCAAGGCGUUGGCAACGUGCUCUCCCGGAUCGCAGAGAUCUACAUCUUGUCCCAGCCCUUCAUGGUUCGGAUCAUGGCAACAGAGCCUCCUGUGAUCAGUUUACUACCGGGUAACUUCACCCUGGACAUCCCUGCCUCCAUCGUGAUACUCACCCAGUCUGAGAACUCGACUGCCGAAACCAUCGUUUCCAUGGACUUCGUUGCUAGUACCAGUGUCAGCCUGGUUAUUUUGGGACAAAGACUGAUCUGCUCCUUGUCGCUGAACAGAUUCCGCCUCUCUUUGCCAGAGUCCAAUCGCAGCAAUAUUGAGGUCUUGAGGUUUGAAAAUAUUCUGUCCUUCAUUCUCCACUUUGGCAUCCUCCCACUGGCCAACGCAAAACUGCAACAAGGAUUUCCUUUGCCCAACCCACACAAAAUCUCAUUUGUCAAUUCAGAUAUUGAAGUUCUUGAGCAUUUUCUUUUGAUUUCCACUGACCUGAAGUAUGAAACGCCCUUAAAACAGCAACCAAGUUUCUAUGGUUGGGAAGGUCUGAACUUGAUAAGUGGACGGUGGAGAGGGAAAUCAGUCCCCUGA